ACAAUCAUCUCUUUCUACUCUCAUCGCUUUUCUUAGCCGUCAUCAGCCAAAUGGGCUUCACCCUGAUCAAGCGAUGUAUUCGAAGCGACUGACGCUCUGUGAGGUCAGAUCAAAUUCCCAACGCCGUCCCAUUUGGCGUCACUGACGGCAUGUAUUCACUGCAUGAAUUACUCUCAUCUGCAGAGACUGUGUUCAUGGCAGCACUGUAAACUCACUUAGAACUCACCAGUACUGUGCAAGAAGAUCCCUUAUAACCAACCGUAUCAUACCACAGUUCUGCAAAGAUUAUUAAAAACAACCGACAGCCGUUCAACUGUAACAACAACACAAGUUUUAACGUUGACAAAAGCUCGAAUCAAAGGUCAAACGAAUGACCCAACACGGUAACACAAUCAACGCGAAAACCAGUCAUACUAUGUUACACCGUCCUUCCUCUCGAAGCACUGGGAAUCGGAACACCCAGAUUUCACAGCAACAAUGUGAGCAGCAUAGCGCUCUAAACAACAAUCGGCGUCUCGAACCUCCGCGUUACAUUCGAGCCCGCUACGGGGCUGCAGCGGAGCUAUCUCAGAUGAUUGACGAACAUGUGGCAUCGUGGCAAUUCUCACAAGCGUCAGACGAUCGACCGACGAGCAAAGGUACCGUGAUCGUCGAUUGGGAUGGUAGUGGGCAUCCCGCAAUUUCUUACCGAAGAAGGGCGACUGUGGUAGAAGAGGUUUUAGUGCCUCAAUUGGCACCCGCUCCCCUAAACCGCAAAGCCAGCAGCUUAGGAAAGGCGUAUGCAAAGCAGGGCCGCAGGAGUGCGGCGGCCUGUACGCAGAAGCCCCUACCAUCUCUGCCCACAGAUGAACGAGUCUCUAAGCAAACUAAACGCAAGCCCUUGCCUGUCGGAACUUCUGGUCCUUUUGUGCGGCACGACUCUGUCAUUUCAGAAGCUUCAAAUCCAUCGCGGCGCCAAGCUCAAUACUUCGCAGCUCCCCCAUCGAUUCAGUCACCAGUAGACCCUCAACACGCACAGUAUGCAACUGGAGAUGGCUUUACAGCUGACUAUCACCCACCUCGCUACUCCAAAACUCUAGACUCACUCCGCCGUCCCUAUAUAACAGGCUACGACCAGAUGACACGUUUUAGAUAUGACUAUGAUGGGCAUAUCUUCCACGCGCAUCGUUCUCCAUCAAACUCCAUCUCGUCUUCCCGCUGGUCCGCGCAUUCAGAUUACUUUGGCGGCGACGUGGAUGAAUAUGACCCUCAAGCAGAAUUGCGCGUCGAAGAUAAGGACCUUUUGUCUUUGUCGGCUGGGGAAGGCCGAAAAAGACAUAGUGUGGGUAGAUUUGUAGAAAAAGUUUUGUUUAAGCUGAGCGGACUGGGAUUGACGGAAAAACUGAGCUGUGAUAGGAAGACGGCUAGAGAGGGAGGGACCUCUUGGCAGGAAGCCGGGUAUCAUACUUGACAAUUAAUUGCUAAUCUUUUGAACAUGCGACUCCAUGAUGAGGUCUUGGUGGGAGUGAUUUGUAUGCCACUAAGGAUUAGUUGUUGUGCUCGUUAUGGUUGCAAG